UAAAAUCAAAGCUUUCUUUUUAAGGACAGGAACAAACAUGUGAAGAUACAGAAAUAGAUAUCCAAAGAUGACUGAUAACUUUCAUGUAAAGAAGUAGAUAUGCGUCAUGCACCAGAUGGGUUUUUCCUACGAAUUCACACCUCUUUGUUCUUGACCUUUGAUGCACUCCCACUUUAAAACACAAACAUACCCAUUCAGUCAGUUUAACUGUCUGUUCAUAAUUACUGAGGCAUUCACAGCAUUCAAACCCUGAGAGACAAAAGGGGAGAAGAAGCAUUCUGACAGAAAUGCUGACCUCAACUCCAGAACAAGUUACUCUAACAGGAACAUCUGGUCUGGGUUUCGAAGCCCAUAACGACUCAACCUUCCUGGACUCUGAGUUUCGUUAUGUCCUCUUCCCAGUUGUCUAUGGCAUCAUCUUCAUCCUGGGCCUCUUCGCCAACCUUUAUGUGCUGUUUGUCCUGCGCUGCCUCCGUGAGGCUAGGGCCAUGGGCGAAAUCCGCAUCUAUAUGACUAACUUGACCAUCGCUGAUCUCCUUUUUGUGUGUGCCCUUCCCUUCUGGAUUGGCUAUUAUAGUCACCACGGCAACUGGGUCUACUCAGAUUUUAUGUGUCGGCUGACUGGCUCAUUCUUCUUCAUCAACACCUAUUGCUCCAUCCUCUUCCUCGGAGCCAUCAGCGUCAACCGAUACUGGGCAGUCACCCGGCCUCUGGAUGCGGCCUCUUCAGACCACAGGCGUCGUGGGAUCAUCGUGUGCGUUGUCAUCUGGGUGUUGGCCAUGUCGAUGGCUGUUCCAUUUCUGACAUCUCCAAGGACCAACAAGAACAACGUCACUCGCUGUUUUGAGGGGUACCAAAAUGAAACUGAUUUCCAGAAGAUAUUAUUGGCCGGUACUCAUUUUGCAAUAAUUGGAAUGUUUUUUCUUGUCUUUUUUCUUGUCUUGGUGUGUAACUUCCUUAUUGUUCGAGCGUUACUUUCUCAAAGUCCUGCUCAGUCAGAAGUCAGCAGGUCUGCAACACUUAAUUCUGUUCAGUCCACCAGGACCAUGUCCUCCUCAACUAAAAGGCCCAGGGGGGUGAAACGGAGGGCUGUGCAGAUGUUGUUGGCAGUGGUGGGAGUGUUUGUUCUGUGUUUCCUUCCCCACCAUAUAAUACAAGGCCCAUGGACACUGGCUGUGUUGCAGAUCAAAGAGGGCUGGGGCCAUGUAAAGUGGGACCAGAAGACACAUCAGAUGCUCAACGACGCACAUCAGAUCACCUUGGUUCUUAUGGGCCUCAACUGCAUUUUGGAUCCUGUUGUUUAUUUUUUUGCCACAAGGAAGUUUAGAAGGUUCAUCAUGGCCCACAUUAAAAAGUUAGGAAAGGGAGACGGGUGCUCACAGACGGUCACCUCACAGCUCUCAAUGGACAGCAGGAAUCAGAGCCAGAGACUCCAGAGUGAGCACCAACAUCCUGAAAUGGACUGAUUUAAACAUGUGUAAUAUUUGUAAAUAAAAAUGUAGAUAUCUGUUGCUUCUCUCAUAUUGUCAAUGAUACAAAAUUACAUAAUAUACAAUAUUUUGUCUUUCAA